AUGUCGAGGGUUGUGCUUCUUUCAUCAGCUCAUUUGCAUAUCGUUACCCUUCUCCAGCCCGAGGUUAGGAGCGAUGAUGAAGAAAUGAACUAUUUCUUUAGGUUGAAAUGUGAACAAUGUGGAUGGAUUUCUGAGAAUGAAGUAUGUGUUAACAUGGCCGUUCAAGAACGUGCCCCCGGGAGCAGCAGUAGAAACAACCGUGUCAACUUAUCUCUAAAGUGUGAAGGGUGCGAGAGGCAGGGGACAAUAACACUAGUCCCCGAACAUGGACGCCCGUUGAGGGCAGAUGAUUGUACAAAUGUGCCACUGAUGGUUUUUGAUUGCAACGGAAUCUUCCCGGUGUACUACUCCCUCAACGGCGGAUGGUCGGCCGUUACGGAAUCUGGCAGAAGUAUUAACCUCAAUCUUGUUGAGGGAAAAUACAAUGCUGUCGUUAAUGGGGAGUACAUUGAAAUCAAGGAGCUAAAAACCAAGUUUGAACCCUAUAACGGGUGA